AAGAGUGUAAGGGAGCGUGAGUGUUUUUUUUCGUUGAGAAUGUCCAGAGAGGGGUUCAUUUUUCAUUUCAUGUGUACCUAAUAUUAUUUUUGGGCAUUCUUGAAGCGUUUGGAUGAUCUUAUGGACAAUAAAUUUCAAUCAUUGUUGAUGGAGAGUUGGAGCCCAGAACAAGGGGUUUCGCCAGAUUUCGUAGUGUGUGGGGGCUCUCCUGAAAUGGAAUUUGAGGCACAGGAGAACAGUUUUUCCUUCAAUUCCAAGAUUGAAGAACAUGAUCUUGGUCAAUACGAUUUUUCUGAGAGAAAAUUCGAGGCAGGAACAGAGGCAGAUUGCUUGAUCUUGAAUCCUGAGGAACAGCAAGAUCAGAGUCCGAGUAAGAUGGGUUUUCCAGAAAUGGAAGUGGAGGCAGAGACAAAUUGCUUCUCCUUCAAUCCUGAAGAACAGCAAGAUCAGAGUCUGAGUAAGAUGGGUUUUCCAGAAAUGGAAGUGGAGGCAGAGACAAAUUGCUUCUCCUUCAAUCCUGAGGAACAGCAAGAUCAGAGUCUGAGUAAAAUAGGUUUUCCAGAAAUGGAAGUGAAGGCAGACACAAAUUGCUUCUCCUUCCAUCCUGAUGAACAGCAAGAUCAGAGUCUGAGUAAGAUGGGGUUUCAAGAAAUGGAAGUGAAGGCAGAUUGCUUUUCCUUCAAUUGCCAGGAGAAGCAAGAAGAUCAGAGUCUCACGGUCGCCAUGUUUCCAGAAGUUCAUUCCCCUCUAGCAGCCGAAGGGUGGUCUGAAAUACCCCUGAAGACUCCCAUUAAAAAGGAAGAGGAAGAAGCUCAUUUCACCACUCCACCUCAUACUGGGGUUGAGGGCAUAACUCUUGACGUUCCUGCUCCUGCAUCCAGUGGCUGCAGUUUGGAGGAUAACGGGUGCCAAACUGACAUUUACUCGGAAUCUGAUGGCUCUGAAAAUCCCACUCUCUGCAAUUCACUAAGACUUGUAACAGGACGCCAAGAUAUGGAGAUUUCUAAAGAAAAUACAAUCAUAUUCAUAAAUGCUGGAGAACAGCUAGCAGGAAUUGAUUUUCAGGAAGAUUUGUAUUUUGUUGGUGGAGAUGUGAUAAGAACAGAGGAGGCUAUUGUAGAAAAGGAAGUUUCAUACAUAUAUCAAACAGCUCGGUAUGGGAACUUCUCAUACGUAAUUGGGGAUCUUCCUGCUGGGCACUACAUUGUCGAUCUUCACUUUGCAGAGAUAAUCUUUACAAAUGGUCCCCCAGGGAUGCGUGUUUUUGAUGUCUUUAUACAGGAAGAAAAGGUUCUAUCUGAGUUUGAUAUUUAUGCUAGAGUUGGUGCCAAUACUCCUCUUGUCCUGAUGGAUGCUCCAGUAAAUGUAAUUGAUGGAGGAAAUAUAACUAUUGGAUUUAAAGCUAUCAUUGGCAGCCCCAUUGUCAGUGCAAUAUGCAUAAGACAAGCACCUCAAUUUGGUGAAAAAAUAAAAGUUCAGUCCCAUGUUGGAGAAGAAAAUUCAAGGCAAAUGGAUCAAGUCCAGGAACUGAUACCAGGCGAAGAUGACAGCAAUCAGAAGUGUAGAGGCAGAAAUUGUAAAACUGCUCUGGAGUACAAAAGGAAGUUCGAAGAGCUUCAUAAAGAUUUUGAAUUGAAGAAGAAAGAAUGUCACGAGGCAUGGUUAUCCCUGGAGGACACCAAUCGACAACUUGAAAAACUAAGGAAUGAACUGAUGCGCAAAUCCAUGCAUGUGGGCUCCUUAGCUUAUGCUGUGGAGGGUCAAGUGAAUGAGCUAAGGGAUCUUCAGGACAAGCAUGAGAGGGAGAAGAAAUUGUGGGUCUCUAAAGUCCAUCUAUUGAGUGAUAAGCUCAAGAUGUUGAAGAGUGACUGUGUUAAAGUAUCAGAAGAGGCCAGUUCUUAUGUCUCAUCAUUUGCUGAUAUGAGUGGAAUGACUUCUGCUGUGCAAGCUCUACUUGAUCAGCAUGAAGAACUGAAAGUCCAGUUCAUUGAACUAAAAGCAAAGUUUGUAGAAGAAUGUAAGGAACGCAAACAACUCUAUAACAAAUUGCUGGAGCUCAAAGGAAACAUUAGAGUCUUCUGUAGGUGCCGCCCAUUGAGUGCCGAAGAGGUCAUGCAAGGAGCUGUUUCUGUAGCAGAGUUUGAUGCUGCCAAAGACUGCGAGAUCAGCAUACGAGCAAACGGGGCUCCAAAAAAAGUCUUCAGAUUUGAUUCAGUUUUUACCCCACAGGACAAUCAAGUGGAUGUUUUUGCGGACACUGCACCUGUUGUCGUUUCAGUUUUGGAUGGCUACAACGUUUGCAUUUUUGCAUAUGGACAAACCGGAACUGGGAAGACAUUUACAAUGGAGGGAACAGAAGAAAACCGAGGUGUAAACUAUCGAACAUUGGAGGAGCUCUUUAGAGUAGCUAAUGAGAGAAAAGGGCAAUUCAAGUAUGAUAUCUCUGUUAGUGUUCUAGAAGUAUACAAUGAGCAAAUCCGAGAUUUGCUUUCAGCUCCUACUCAACAAGGACAAACCAUAAAGAAGUUGGAGGUAAAGCAGGUAGCUGAAGGGGUUCAUCAUGUUCCUGGGCUUGUUGAAGCACAAGUGCAUAGCAUGAGUGAGGUCUGGGAGGUAUUGCAAACUGGAAGCAGUGCUCGAGCUGUUGGCUCAACUAAUGCUAACGAACACAGCAGUCGUUCUCACUGUAUACUUUGUGUGAUGGUUAGAGGUGAGAAUUUGAUUAAUGGAGAGUGCACCAGAAGCAAGCUUUGGCUCGUGGAUCUUGCAGGGAGUGAGCGAGUAGCUAAAACUGAUGUUCAAGGGGAACGCCUUAAAGAGGCACAGAACAUUAAUAAGUCACUCUCUGCACUUGGGGAUGUGAUAUCUGCUCUAGCAACCAAGAAUAGUCAUAUUCCAUUCAGAAACUCCAAGCUAACACAUCUGCUACAAGAUUCAUUAGGAGGCGACUCAAAAACUCUCAUGUUUGUACAAAUUAGUCCUAAUGAAAAUGAUUUAAGUGAAACACUGUGCUCACUCAAUUUUGCUAGUAGAGUUCGAGGAAUAGAGCUUGGUCCUGCUCGGAAACAAAUUGAUUCAACUGAGCUUUUGAAGUAUAAACAGAUGGUUGAAAAGGCCAAACAUGAAGGGAAAUCAAAGGAUGCUUCAGUUAAGAAGAUGGAAGAGACCGUACAAAGUUUGGAGGCAAAAUUGAAGGGAAGAGAUCAGGCAUUUAAGAGUCUUCAAGAUAAGGUGAAAGAAUUAGAAGGACAACUUGCUGCUGAGAGAAAGGCUCGAAUAACUCUGGAAGCUAAAGUUAAAGAGCAACAGCAACAACAGGCAGAAAAAUUAUCUGAAAAGCCACCUCUAAUGCGUCUCAAGAAUGUCAAUGAAGCCAGUGUAUUAAGAAGAGACUUGGUCAACCUCUCAGAUCCUCUGACUGAAAAUAGACAGAGGUACAAUACCCUGGAUUGUAGUGGAGGAAAGCCACAGGAUAGUGAGAACCUCCUGAGAAACGGCAUGAUUGAUCCUUAUUCCAAAGAACAGAAGGAGAAUAACACUGGGCUUUGUGAUGACAUUCAGAAGCCUAUGCCAAGGAGAACAGGCAGAGCUUCAAUAUGUACGACAACUCGAAGAACAUCAAUUGUUCCUCCUGCAAGGCGAGUCUCAAUGGUCCCCUUACCAGUCAUACGAAAAGAUUGUGUAAUGGAUACAAAUACAGCAUCUAAAAUUAAUGAGGAUGAAGCAGUUACUAACAAGGAGUCUUUUGCUUCUAAUCGAAACCCCGUCUUGAUGGCAAAUUCCAAUCAGGAUCCAGUUAUGUUACCUACUUCUACUCCUGUGAGCUUAAGAGGACUUAGGACUUCUAACACACUUAACAGAUUGCGCCGUAGUAUUCACAAGAAAGUUCAAUUAAAUUCUCCCCUUCUGAGAGGGCAACACAAUGAUCUCGCUGCUGGUGAGAGAGCGAAGUUGCCACCACUCGAUACUAAUAGAAUCAGACGGUUAAGCUCAGCCAAAACCUGGGGAAGAAUUUCUGGCACUGGAAAUCUCUCUGCUCAAAGAGUAUUGUGUUCAAACAAAUCUGGCAUGAAGCCUCCAACGCAGCUGAAAGAAAAGGAGAGAAUAUGGAACAGGUAAUGCAGCAGCUAUUUUUGGCUGCAUUGCAUGAUCAAUAGGAGACUCCUCCCUGUAAAAAAGUAGGAAGAUUUUUUACUACUUGUUUUUUUAAGAUUUAUACUUGUAUACUCUAGGAUAUUCUUUUAACCUUGGCAAUCUGCCAGUUUGUUGGCUGCUGCUUACUUAAAAUUAUCCACACUUAACAUAUCUUUGUGGCUAAUUUCAUCUAUAAAGCCAAGGCAACAAUCAGAUGGUUGGAGUCACUAUUCUCUAGCUUAUGUCUGCACUGUAGUUGGACCUGUAAUCAUGGAUUGUGCUUCCCUAACAAAUCUUUCUUUGUGUAAGAUUGACCUCCCUUGUAAAAGUAUUGCCAUAUAUUCUGUCAUUGCUUCAUACAUUA